AUGCCUUCUCACUUUGACACGCUUCAAUUGCACGCUGGCCAGGAGGUGGAGAAGCCUCACGGCGCCAGAGCUCCUCCUAUCUAUGCUACUACUUCUUAUGUGUUUGACGACUCCAAGCAUGGUGCCCAGUUGUUCGGUCUUGAGACCCCGGGUUACAUCUACUCUCGUAUCAUGAACCCUACCAAUGAUGUUUUUGAGAAGAGAAUUGCUGCUUUGGAAGGUGGUAUUGGUGCUUUGGCAGUGGCCUCUGGUCAGGCUGCUCAGUUUAUCACCAUUGGCGGUUUGGCCCAUGCUGGUGAUAAUAUCGUUUCCACGUCUUACUUGUAUGGAGGCACCUACAACCAGUUCAAGGUGGCUUUCAAGAGAUUGGGCAUUGAGACCAGAUUUGUCAAUGGUGACUCUCCAGACGACUUUGCCAAGUUGAUUGACAACAAGACUAAGGCUAUCUACGUUGAGUCUAUUGGUAACCCCAAGUAUAACGUUCCUGACUUUGACAAGAUCAUCAAGAUCGCUCACGAUAACGGCGUUCCCGUCGUUGUGGACAACACCUUUGGCGCUGGCGGCUACUUGGUGAGUCCAAUCAAAUUGGGUGCUGACAUUGUGGUUCAUUCGGCUACAAAGUGGAUUGGUGGCCACGGUACAACCAUCGGUGGUGUCAUUGUGGACUCUGGUAAGUUCCCAUGGAAAGAAUACCCUGACAAGUUCCCUCAAUUCUCUAAGCCUUCUGAAGGUUACCACGGAUUGGUCUUGAACGACGCUUUGGGCGAGGCUGCUUUCAUUGGCCACGCUAGAAUUGAAUUGUUGAGAGACUUGGGUCCAGCUUUGAACCCAUUCGGCUCUUUCCUUUUGCUCCAAGGUUUGGAAACCUUGUCUUUGCGUAUUGAAAGACAGUCCUACAAUGCUUUGAAGCUUUCUCAGUGGUUGGAGAAGUCUUCCCACGUCAAGUGGGUCUCUUACGUUGGUUUGCCUUCCCACGAGAGCCACGAAUUGGCUAAGAAGUACUUCAACACAGAACACUACGGUGGUGUUUUGGCCUUAGGUGUUAAGGACCUCGAGGAGAAGGUGGACGACCCAUUCAAGGAAGCUGCCGCACAGGUUGUGGACAACUUGGAGGUUGCUUCUAACUUGGCUAAUGUCGGUGACUCCAAAACUUUGGUUAUUGCCCCAUACUUCACUACUCACCAGCAAUUGAGUGACGAGGAGAAGCUCAACUCGGGUGUUACCAAGGAGUUAAUUAGAGUGUCUGUUGGUACUGAGUUCAUUGACGAUAUUAUUGCCGACUUUGAGCAGUCGUUCAAGAAGGUCUACGGAGCUUAG